UGAGCCCAAGGAGAGAUGAUACAAUCAAAUCUGUCUGUCGGCGUCGGAAGGAUUAGCUGAGUCAACCAGGAAAAAGCUGAGCUAAUUUAUCAUGCUAUUUUCAGUACUGAAAUGCACCCCGGACGUAAUUUCACCCUCAAUUACAGAUCCCACGGUUCUACAGAAGUCGGAGCUUUAAUUAAUCAUCGUGCACCGGUACGUGCUUACAAAGCUGUGCCCGUAACGCCAUCCUCGCCGGGGCACGCCGGGCAUCGCCUUCUGCCAGAAGCUUCUCACCCGCUGGAAGGAGCAGCCCCGGGGAGCCGGCGUCCCUGGGUUGAAGAUGUUCUGCAGUAACCUGUCCCCCCACGGAAGGACCUGCCUGUCUUAGCCAGCCCAUCCUCCCAGGCAUCCUGCCAGCGAUGGCCUUGACACCCCAGUGAGGGGCGAAAGGACGAGGAGUGAGUCCCCCCAACACCACCACAUCCUCUAGGAGAGCCAUGGAAGCCCCCCUGGACGUGCCUGUGGGGAACCUCAUUGACUUUGAUGCCGAAACACCAGCCUGUGUUCCCUCAGAGUCCUCUCCUCCCGCUGCCCCCAGCGGCAACGGGCACCUGGGGGACACAGAGGAGGUGGCCGGGGAGGAGAGCGAUGCCACCGAGUCGGCGGACAGUGAGAAUGACAUGGGUGACUCUCCCGGGCACUGGGGUGGCUACCGCCGCUCCUCCUCCAACGAGUCCUUCUCCUCCAGCCAGAGCACCGAGUCGGCCCGGGACGAGGUGACGGCCGAGCGCCGGGAGUUCAUGCGGCACUACGUGGAGAAGAUCUUCACGGGGGGAGAGGAUUUGGACCAAGAAGAGAAGGCCAGGUUUGGUGAGCUCUGCAGCGGCGAGAACGGGAAGGGCAGGGAAUGGUUCGCAAGAUACGUGAGCGCCCAGCGCUGCAACUCCAAGUGUGUCUCGGAGCAGACCUUCUACCGCCUGAUGCAGUCGUUCGCCCUCGUGCUCUUCGAGUGUCACCAGAUGGAUGACUUCAGCCCUGCCAAGAACCUCAUGACCAUGUGUUUCACCUACUACUACAUGGGCAAGACCCACACACUGCCCUUGGAGGCCAAGGAGAAGCCCAUGGGCAGCAUCGACUCAUACCUGAAGUCGGCCAACAGCUGGCUGGCAGAGAAGAAGGACAUCGCAGAGCGACUGCUGAAAAACACGUCGGCCAAGACAGAGAAUGUCAAGGGCUUCUUUGGGGGCCUGGAGACCAAACUGAAGGGUCCUACCACCAAAAAGAGCGAGGAAGGCGAGGACAAACCAAAGGAGAAGCUGAAGAAGACGGUUUCUGUGCAGAGCCCAGAGGAGGAGAAGAAAGGAGAGAAGAUCUACCUGUACAUGCACCUCAAGCAGCAGCCGAUCUGGCACAACCUGCGGUUUUGGAACGCCGCCUUCUUCGACGCCGUGCACUGCGAGCGCAGGAAGCGGUCCCCCACCACCAGAGGGAACGCUGGGGAGGAAGAGGAGAAGAGGGAGAAGUGGUGCCACAUGACACAGGAGGAACGUGAUGACAGCCUCCGCUUCAAUGAGAACAUCACCUUCGGGCAGCUGGGCACCUUCAUUCAUAACAUGCUGGCCUUCGGCCUGAACAAGAAGCUCUGCAGCGACUUCCUGAAGAAGCAGGCGACCAUCGGCAAUUUGGAUGAAGAGCAAUACAAGCUGCUCAGUGACCACAUCGAGCAGAUGGCCACCGAAUAGCCACCUGGCCGGCACGUUGCGGCAGAGAGACGGUGGCCAGAGCGGGUCAGAGGGGAGAGAAACCCACCUCCGGGGCUACCUGGAACUGAAGCUGGGCUACUUUAAAAAAAAAUCAUACACACAAGCUGCAAUAAAACCUGCAUGAUCGUC